AUGGACCACCCAGAGCAAAGCUCAACGUCUCAAAUCGUGGUUCUCGCCUGUAGCAUCCUCGUCUGUUUCGCGAGCACUAUUCUCUUCAUCCCGAAAAGUGCAGUCCUGAACAGACUCGGCGCAGCGGUGGCCCUGAGCUGCCUGCAGCAUUCCCUUUACAUGUCCCUCUUGACAUCAUCGUUGCCUCCAGCACAAGUAACAGGCAUAUCUCUGUUCAGCUGGGGACUCUACGCCAAUGCCACUGAGCAGAUUCUGCUAUCGCGCUACGAUGCCGAUGAUGUCUUCACGGUGAAGGAAAGGCAGUUGGGAGGCCAUUUAAGCACUGUCGCCCAGUUUCUUCGUGCCGUGGGCAUGUAUUUCAGCCUGCGACGUGUUGGCUUGCGAGGGGAGGUUUCGAUGAAGCACCGGGCCCCGAUAAAUUCUGUUAGGUUUAUCACAACGAGGAUUAUCCAAUGUCUUUGCUGUUAUCUCGUCUUGGAUGCCAUAUUUCUCGCGCCGCGGCCAGAGAAGCACUUGAUCACGACAGAAAAGCAGUCACUGUUCAAGCCAACAAGCCUCACUCGCGAAGACCUAAUCUUUCGCUUUGCUACUGCCCUUGGGAAUUGGGUUAUUGGCUAUGUUUCGGUACGACUGGCCCACGGUUUAAUAGCUGCUGUAUCUGUUCUGCUUGGUUUAUCUAAGCCAGAGGACUGGCCGCACCUCAACGGGCCAAUAAGUUCAUGGUCCACUGUCCGAACAUUCUGGGGGACAUUUUGGCAUCGGCUUUUCCGCAAGGCUCUAACCGGGUGGGGGGACUUCAUUCCAGAUAAGGUUCUCCGGCUCCGUCGCGGUACGCUGUUGUCACGAUAUUUACGCUUGACAUUGGCAUUCUUCGCUUCUGGGCUUAUGCACCGCUGCAUACAUUACUUCUACCGGCUUGAGGCCGGAGAGCGGUACGAAAUGGAGACUUAUUUUCUCUUACAGCCGCUAGCAAUUAUGUUUGAGGAUGCGGUGCAGGCUGCAACGGUACACAUGCCCCUACCAAGGCCAUUACGGUGGAUAAUUGGGUUUACCUGGUUCUGCAUAUUCACCACGUGGGUGACGCCAUUGUUCCUUUACCCUACUAUGCGAGUGGCAGAUCCAGGACAGUUGCUUCCAUUUUCAGUCGUGGGCCAUCUUAUGAAGUAUUAA